UGCUAUAGCAACACAUAACGCUUCAGAAUACUGUUGCGCUACGGAGCGAAGUUAAACAGACGAUAAACACGGUUAAAUACCUACAAUAAUUAAAAAAAUGUUUUUAGUGUCUUUAAUGAGUUACUGAAAAACGGUUGAUCUUCGCGGGCGUAUAAUGCGUAAAGCACAGGCAGCUUCGCGCGGCGUCAGUGAUGAAGAUCAUGAUGCAGCAGUUGUACAGCUGCGCGCGCUCCUGAGGAGAUAUGAACAUUACUGCAUGCAGACUGACAGCAGUCCCUGUAUUCUGCUCAAAAACGACAUCCUCCUCAAAAUUGACCAGAAACAACAUCUCAAAAAGAUCACACUGUCAUUUCCAGAUGACAAGCCAUCAGAUGCCGUUUUGCCAAGCCUCCAACCUCUGUUAAUGGCUUUACGAGAUGAACGUUACAUACAUGUUGAAGAAUUAAACAUCUGGAGUCUGCCUCUCAAACAUAAAGACGUAGUUGAGCUGUGUCUUAUGUUGGAGAGAGGGGGAAGGACAGUGUAUCCCAUCAGAUCACUGGAGAUCCUCGAUUGUAAACUCGAUGAUUGGUGUCUGGAAAGAUUUGGAAAGGCUGUGAACAGCAGUUACAUCACCACACUCUGCCUGGACUACACAUGCAUGAGCAAGGAAGGGCUGAUAGGUCUGCUCAGCAGAGGUUUUGGGUCUUGUCAAGUACAUUCUCUGAGUUUGUGUUACUGUGGUUUGGGUUUGUGGAGUGGAACUCUGCUGGCUUCACUUCUCACCAAAAGUUCAGUGAGGGAGCUCUACAUUAAUGGCAAUGAGCUGCAGUGUGUGGGCGCCACUGAACUGCUAAGACCUGUAGCUGAAAACUGUCAGAAAAUGGCAGAGACCCCAAACAAGACCACAUCCAUCACAGAUGAAGCUGAAUUGAUCAAUCAACUAAGCAAUACGAAGUCUUCAAUGCAAAGGAAAUCAGCACACAAAGGGAAGAAGACAAAGAAGAAAAGAGGAAAAACUAAAAGUCGUCCUGAGGCGAAGGAAGGGCCCUGGCUAAAGAAGCUGCAUAUGUUUGAUAACUCUAUCGACAACCAAGUGCCAAAUCAGCUCAAGAGAUUAAUGGAGCUCAUCUGCAUUCUGGUUAAGUUCUCCAGUGACCUGAUCGAACUGGACCUUGGUGAGAAUCACAUCGGAGAGGAUAGUGGAAAAAAGCUUUUAGAGGCCCUGAAAGACAGAAAAGCAGCUAAGCUCUCGCCAAUAAAAAUCCAAGUUUCAACGCGCAUGUCCACGGAAACUUUCAGUGCGAUUUUGAAAAGUUCAAAGGAGCUUAAAUCUGGAAAAAAGAAACGACAGAAGAAGAGAGUGACCAUAGAGUUCCAGAUGAUAAAGCAUUCAUUUCUCAUUGGUUCAUCACUGAAGGAUCUGGAUCACAUGUUCUAUUUCUCCAAUAAGAACUCGUGUUUGCAUGAAGAUGUUUGUUCUUCGUCACUUUUUGUCUCCUGACAAUUUUCACAAAAAUUAAACAUAUUAUUAUAAUUAUUAUCAUCAUUAUUGUGUAAAUUGUGCUUGUUAUUCCAUAAGAUUUUAAUGCUUAAAAUGUUUAGAAUUUACAAAUAAUUCUUAUUAAUUUAUUGGUAGCACUUUACAUUAAGGUUACAUUUGUUAACACUACAUAAUGCAUUAGUUAACAUGAACUA